GUGAGCACGACACUGGCGUAAACAAGGAAGCUCUUGCUGAGAACAAUUUAUCCUUAUCCCUUAAAAUAUCAAAGACCUCAUAGUCAAAGAAUACAACUAUCAGGAUCAUCUAAACAUUUUUUAAUUAAAAUUCCAUCUUAUUCUUUUUUUAAUUUAAAAGAAACCGCCACUUCACGCUGCCGUAAAACUGUCUGCCGUAUUGCAGUUGGUGUUGUUGUGAGCUGAGGAGCACCACUGAAAGAAGGAUGUGGACACUUAAACUCAAUAUUUUGGCAUUUUUGUUAUUUUAUACGGGGCAGUAUAAUACACAUGCCCUUCAGGAUGUAACGAAAGACCUUUUCGGUACCGAAAACUACGGGACAGUGGCAGCUUUCGGUGACUUUUACUCGGAUAAACAGACAGACAUCUUCGUUAUCAGAGAGGAGUCUGAAGUGUUGAUAUUCUACGCGGACUCAAAACCACCUUACUUUAAGCCCAAAAUCAACAUCACGAAGGACAUUUUCCCGAGGGACACAGUCAUCACCAGUGUGGUUCCUGGAGACUAUGAUGGAGACUCUCAGAUGGAUGUCCUUCUUACUGCUCAGAUCAAAGACGCAUUGACGACUGUUUUCAUCUUCUGGGGGAACAACCAGACAUUAGAUAUGAGUGGGUGGCUCAGACUGAACAAGACCUUCAAAGAUCAACCUCUUGUUAUGGAUUUCAAUGGGGACAUGAUCCCAGAUGUUUUUGGAGUCACGACCCCCCCCUUCACUGAAGUCUGCAAUUUCACCAACAGGAUUCCAGAGUGCCGUAAAGCACUUAGUUCAUCUGUUGACAUGAGCAUCCCUCACUCUAACGCCUUCAUCGACCUCAACAAGGACUUCACUGCUGAUUUGUUCCUGACGACUGUUGGGCCAAAAUAUGAGACCUUUAUCAACAAGGAUGGAAUCUUCGUCAGAGCUGAAGUCUUUCUAGAAGAACCACCAUACAAGAUUGUUGGGCAGUCCUCCUUUGUCGACUUUGAUGGUGACGGCCACCAGGAUCACCUCAUCCCUGUGUGUUUGGACGACGCCUGCAAGCACAGUGCCAUCUACCUGGCCGCACCCUACUCCAAAACGUGGGUACCCGUGCUGUUGGAUUUCCAGCGGAGGGAAACGGUUUGGAGCUUUGUGCCAGCAGAACCCGGCCAGCCUCUGGCCCUGCACCUCGGAGACUACAAUCUGGACGGCUUCCCUGAUGCUCUGGUGAUCCUCCGCAACACCAGUGGCAGCGGUCAGCAGGCCUUUCUGUUGGAGAACGUGCCCUGUAACAACGCCAGCUGUCACAGUGUGGGAAGGAUGUUCCACAUCCUCUGGGACCAAACUGAUUUGGGAGCCAUCCAGAACGCCGUCAUGGCAACUUUCUUUGACAUCUAUGAGGACGGGAUAUUAGACAUGCUGGUUCUGAGCCAGGCAAAAGAUGGCAAAAAAGACCUGAUCAUCCAUGCCUUGAAGAACAAUUAUGAAGCUGAUGCCUACUUUGUAAAAGUGAUGGUGCUCAGCGGCCUCUGCUCCAAUGACUGUCCUGAAGAUGUCAAGCCUUUCGGUGUGAACCAGCCGGGCCCCUAUGUCAUGUACACCACCGUGGACACCAACGGCUACCUGAAAAACGCCUCUGCCGGUCAGCUCAGCCAGUCAGCUCACUUCUCCCUGCAGCUGCCCUACACCGUGCUGGGACUCGGACGCAGUGCCAACUUCCUGGACCACCUCUACGUCGGCAUCCCAAGGCAGCCUGGAGAGACGGACGUAAGGAAGAAGGAGUGGACGGCCAUCAUUCCCAACUCUCAGCUCAUCGUCAUCCCCUUCCCACACAAUAACCCCCGCAGCUGGAGCGCCAAGUUGUACUUGACUCCCAGCAACAGUGUUUUACUGACGGCCAUCGCACUGAUCGGAGUGUGCGUCUUCAUCCUUGUCAUUAUUGGCAUUCUUCACUGGCAAGAGAAGAAAGCAGAUGACCGAGAGAAGAGGCAGGAAGCCCACCGCUUCCACUUUGACGCCAUGUGAUGGAAGAGAACUGCAUCCCGGGGAUCAUCGUCUCUUAUCCUCAUCCGCCUCUUCCCCCUCGCCCUCCCCCUGCCCUCACACACAUUUUCACUCACACAUUUCAAGGGCCAAUAAUCGGAUCCUCAUUUGCCCCAAAAUGUUUCUUUUUGAUACUUUUCCAGUCCUCCAGUUGGAUGUGAAAUAUUUAUGUUGCGUUUCAUUAAUUCAUUCCAGUGUUAGAAGUACAGGAGCUGUAACAAGGCCAUGGAGACACAGAGAGAAAUCCUAAUGGAGAUCACUCUAGAGUUUAAAGCUGGGAUUGCUGUGGACGAGCUGUAGACUGCAGCAUGAUCUUCAAUGGUGUUAUUUAAGUAUUCUUUCACCAUAAGGACACUGAUUUCUGCUUUAAUGCCCAAUAAUUACUGCAAUACGGUGAGCUGUUUAUCACUGGAAGAGAAGCAUCUUUGGCACAAGAUUUUGAAAUUUGAAAUGUUACUUGAAGUCUUUGUGUGUUAUUGUACAUUGUUUCGUUUAUUCAGCUUGCUUGUUUUUAUCUGGUUGAGUCAGUAUGAGGAAAUCUGUCAGAUUUGAUCAGCUGUAAUAUUAAACUGAAUUAUAUUCUGUAGUGUCAAUCCCUGCCAUGAUAAACACGAUCAGACUCAUGCAACAUAAAAAUAAUGAUGAUACUAAACUCACCAAGAAUGAAGAACAGCCUUCAGUUCAGCAGAGUGCAGACUCGUGUUUCUGUCGAUGAUCAUGUCACAGUUCUUCAUGGGAGUGCCAAAAAAGCUUUUUUGUGUUGUGUCACUCGGUUUCUAAUGUAACAGCAUGAAGGCUCAGCAGAUCGUCUAAAACAGUUUGUCCAGCUGAAGGAGACACUUUAGUCAGGCUUGUUUUGAAAUGAAGUUUUAAUUAUGGAAAGUUAAUCAGACCACGCACUCCGGAUUUUUAUUUUACGAGAACGAGCUCACGCCUUUGCACUUUUAAACUAAUGAUUAACUGCUAGUGUUUGUAAUUUAUUUUACUUUGUGGAUUUUAUUUGCAAAUGAAUGUUUGAGCUACUAAAUGUGUUUACUCUCUGGGUUUGAAAAUAAAGGUUUCUCCUGCUUAAAACAA